UGCGAUGUAUUUACCAGCAGGAGUAAUGAAACGGGGGAGAGGGGCUUUUUCCGCAGCUUAUUGGUGAGACCGCAAAAGACUGUGUGCCUGGAGAGGACUGACACAAACUUUCGGACCGCGGAUUGAAGCGUCAGUUCAUCUGUUUUCGGUGGGUUUCCUUAGCCUCUGUUUUUUUUUUCUGUUUUCGAAACGUGACUUUGUCGCAGUUCGUUGGUAGUGAUUUACUGGGCAAUGCUGAAAAAGGAGGACGAAUUUUGCGGAAUUCUCUCCUCUACCUGUGUUUUCCCUCUAAACUUCAGUCCGGACAGGAAGGACUAACUUUAAUCCAGCAAAGCGAAUUAAUCAGAGGGGCUUCCGCUGCCCUGCCAUUGCCACCUUCAGUAAUGUUGGGGCCAGCACGCAGCACCCGGCCCCCUUGCUUCUGACCCAGCAUGGAGCUCAAAGUAUGGGUGGAUGGAGUCCAGAGGGUUGUCUGUGGGGUCACUGAGGCAACCACCUGCCAGGAAGUGGUGAUUGCUCUGGCACAGGCCAUAGGUCGCACUGGAAGAUACACUCUUGUAGAAAAAUGGCGCGACACUGAGCGUCACUUAGCCCCUCACGAAAGCCCCGUGGCUUCCCUGAACACUUGGGGCCAGUAUGCUGGUGAUGUCCAGCUGAUCCUGCACCGCACAGGCCCUUCACUGACUGAAAGACCCCCCUCAGAAGGGCCCCCUCUCAGGGGGCCAGAACGCGGUCUGCAUCGGCAAAGCCUCCCUCCGCUUGCAAAGCUUCGUCAUCCCAAUGAUCGCUCCCUUCGCCGCCGUGAACCCCGCCGCAAGUCUCUUACAUUCACUGGUGCACCCAGAAGCCUUAGGGAGAUACUGAGCGGAGGCCGCAUUGGUGAAGCCGAAGCCAAACGAAGGCUUCUUCUAGGAAACGGAGGAAGCCUUCACCAUGCUGGACCCACUAUCGGGACCACGUCCCCCAGCCUUUGGGCCUGCCGCAUGGAAGAUCUGGUCAGGCUGGUCGGUCUGCAGAGAGAGACUCUCAACGUGUUGGAAAAAAAGCUUGAGGCCUAUGAAGCUGAACUUCAAGUCUGGGCUGAAGGACGAGGGGGGCGAGGUGAAGGGUGCGCUGGGAACCCAGGUGUAGGUGGAGGGUUAAUAGAGGAGAUCCUGAGGUUGGAGAAGUACCUGAGGAAGAAUGAGGUGGAGAUGGAGGAAGAGGAGUUUUGGGCCACUGAGCUACAAAUUGAGCUCGAAAGUGAGAGACAGCUGGAGGAAAGGCUGCAGGAGCUUCGUGGGCGUCUGCAGAGCUGUGAACUGGAGAUUGAGGAGAAACUGGCAAUGGUGCAGGGUGUAGAGGCAGGCCUGGAAGAAGAGAAACUGCAGAGAGAGCGGCAGGAGACGCAGUGGGUCAGUGAGGCUGAAGCUCGGGCUCAGGUCCUUAGGAUCAAGUCAGAAUUGAAGGCCCAAGAAAGACAGGCUGUCCAGCUGGAGAGCAGUUGCAAAGCUGUGGACAGGUCGCUCGGACAGAGUAGCAAGAAAUUGCAGGUGACUGAUUUGAAUGCAGUGUUUAGAGUAUUGUUUCUCAUUUUGUUGAUGUUUUUAUAUUUGUUGUCAGAUUUAGUGCCCCUGUCUGGCUCGUUAAAGCGCCCUGUGUCGACCCUCCCGAUGCCCAAUCAUCUCCGGGCCCUUCACAGUCCUCUCAGCUCUGGUCUGAACCCAGAAGGCAUCUAUGUGUGAGACGGUUCUGCUGUGGAAGCAACACAUCUCGCCCCCGUGCCAACAGCCAGUUUCACCCCAGAACAGUUUUGUAAGUUGAUAUUUUAGUACAGAAUGCCUCCGUAGCACACUACUAUGCACUGUUUUUGUGUUUUUCUCAAUUAAGGCAACCUUUACUUUGAAGAUGUAAUCUUUGACUAAAAGGCAUGGAGCACUUGGUAGGAAUGAGAGAUGGUUAGCAGCUAUGGCAUGAAAAAAAAAAUGAUAACAGAACCAAUAAAUUACCAUGUAAACAUCUGGCCUUUUGUUAUAAACAUAUCCACCUGAUGUACUCUCACUUCAGUACCUGCUGAAUGAUGUUUAUUGUUUUCUGCAUAGCAUGGUGAAUCAAAACUAUUGCCUUUGGAAUUUUGGCUAUGUGAACCUAUGAACCUUAUGUCUUUAAAAUCAGCUGAUUCUUAAAUAAGUGAAGGAUCUACUUAGAGUAAAAUUGUGAACAAUCCAUCAUUUUGCAUAUCAGAAUCUAUUCCUGCGAUCUUUGUUCAAAUGAAAACUAUGCACAAAUGCUUUCCUUACUGUAGAAUGUUGCAUUCUGUAUGCACCAAAAUGAUGGCUUAUUGUAAAUAUGUUUUCUUACUUUUCAUCUUUAUUUAGUGGAUUAGUAUAUUUUAUUACCAAGCGGUGCAUUUACCGUCAUACCAAUGCUGUUCCUCAUUCCUGCAGUAAUAUCUGCACACUGAAAUGGUGUUAUUAAUCCUUUUACACUGAUUUUGUUUUUUGUUUGUUUUUUCUUCAUUUUGUGUCCUCACACUAUAUUUUUGCCAAAUGUGUUAUGCUUGUUUUUCUUGAUUAUCAUAUGGCCAAAGAUAGGCAGGUCUUGAUGCAUGAUUAUGUUGUCCAUAUAUGAAUGUGCACAGCAACCACACUCCAUUUAAUCUGUUAGUUAGAUCUGAAAAUGGAGGCAUGUAGUAAUAGGGUGGAUAGUUCCAGCUAAGCUAGUGUGUCUAUUAGAGUUUGUUUGUAACUAUGCGCAUCAAAAUAGCCAAGGUAUGAAGCCCUUAUUAAGUAGUAAAUCGUGUGUGACUGUGUGUGUGACUGUCUGUGUGACUGUGUGUGCACGCGAAUACAAACGUGUGAACUCCUUGGGUUGUAGUCCAGCUGCUAAUUAACAUUAAAGUGCCUUAUAUCAAUUCCACAGUGGGUGUAUUCAAAUAAUGUACAGUAAAUCUUUAGUGGGGCCAUUUAAGGAAUGAGCAUAGCCAGUUUAGACCAAAUGUGAGUAGAUAUUAGUGAGAGAAGCUAAAACGGCACAGCAGCAAAGAGUAUAUAGUAUUUUUUUUCUAUAGUUGUUGUUUUUUUGUUUUGUUUUGUUUUUGUUUGUUUUGUUUUUUUGUGUCCCUGUGGAAGGAAAGUACAUUAGUUUUCAUGCUUUUUUCCCCCCCCUUGGUGUAUUAUUGUCACCAUAACAGUAGUGCUGUAAAAUGAAGUAAACAUUAGUUUAGAUUUAUUACUUGUCAUGCAGCACAUUUAUACUGUAGUUUGGAUCAGUACUGUCUCAUAGUUAUGGUCGUUGUUUACAGCUGCAUAUCUUCUAGAAAAGCGUAAGAUGUCGACUGUACAUAACCUGUUUUUUGUUGUUUUUUCUUCUUCUUCUCUGCCUUAAUAUACUGCAAAGUGUUGACAGAUGUAUGGCUGUAACAGGCUGCUGAUAUGACAUGGAUUGCAUGGUUCAAUAAACCAUCUGACAAAAUUAAA